AUGAGAGUUAAUCUCUGGAAUUUAACUCGGGUUGUCAAAUUCCUCAAUUCGCCUCACAUGUCAAGAAUGAAGGUCAAAACUUUGAACUUCGAUUUGAACCGUUUAGAACCGCAAAGGCUUAAUUUUGAAAAAGAACCUGAAGCCGUUAAAUAUUUUAAUGAACUUCUAUCAACGUCGAACAAAUAG